CCGUAUGCAUCACCUAACACCAAUGAUCGAUCGAUCAUCGAUCAUUUGUUAUCCUCCACUCCAGUGAAGACUUGGUUCCGCACGGGGCGGGAGCAAAAAGUGAACCCUAGGGUGAUGUGUGACCUGGUACCAUUCGACUGACGUUAUUUGCAUAGUAAAUGUUGGACCCGCAAACUGUGUCAGAGAAAGGCACGAAUUCUUUUCAUGUAUUAUUGUGCACAGCAUCCUCUGCCUUUUUCUCGAAUCCUAGUGCCCGUGAAUGCCGCCAUCUCUCUGCAUCCUGCUCCUCCUUCCUGCAGCCCAGCUAUGCUGUCGCCGCCGGUUGGAACAGCGCAUCAAGAUCGGGCGGCACUUCCGUGUCAAGAUCCAACGCCAGAUUGCAAUCACGCUCGUAGUCGACAUUCGUUAUCUCUUCCCUUCAAUCCUCGUUGAAUUCCACUUUUUUUCGUCCUCUCGUACCUUGCAGCUCCACCUGGUACAUACUACCCUACUAUGUAUCAGUGCCUACAUACAUGUUCCUGUCAUUGAUAGUCAUAAUUUGAAUAUUGCGGCAAACCAAAGCACGAUCGAGAAUUUAAGUUGAUUUAUGAUUAAAAUUUUGUGGUAUGUAAAGAACAGAACACUGUCAAGGA